GCAUCAAAAAUGCCCAAAGCAACAGGGGAGCCUCUCUCCUCUCUCUCUCCCCCUCCCGUCUUUAUUUACCCUCCGAGACGAAACCCUAAUUUUUCAAAAUUCACCAUCCCCUAAAUGAAGCGCAUCGUCAGAAUCUCAGUCACCGACGCCGAAGCCACCGAUUCUUCCAGCGACGAAGAAACGGAGAAGCCCCGUGGAGCAGCAACAACAACAACAACCCGUGGGAAACGCCUCGUCAAGGAGAUCGUAAUCGACGAGGACAGCAACAAACUCGACGCCUGCUGCAGCAGCAGCAAGACGAGGUUCAAAAUCAGGAUCCCCGCGGAGUUUCUCAAGACGACGGCGGAAGGGAAGAAGAAGUUCCGCGGAGUGAGGCAGAGGCCGUGGGGGAAAUGGGCGGCGGAGAUCAGGUGCGGACGAGCUUUAAAAGGAAGGCGAGAUCGUCUCUGGCUUGGGACUUUCGACACGGCGGAAGAAGCUGCUCUCGCUUACGAUAACGCGGCUGUUCAGCUGAUUGGGCCUCACGCGCCUACCAAUUUCAGUUUCCCUGCGGAGAGUAGUCGUCAGGAGGUGAAGAUGGUGGCCGGAGCAUCUGCAGUUGCUCGAGUCGCGUGAAGUUGGGGGUUGUUUGUUUGUUAAAUUAGCAAUGAAGGGUGUGUCUUUAUCUCUCUCUAUUGUAAUGGGGCUAUGACUGUUUAGUGUAGUGAGGACUUUGUAAAUUAAUCUGUCUUGUUGUUGAAUCUCUUCAUGUUUGGUUUGGUCUGUCA